AUGGGCAGCCUCUCCACCUUCUUGAAACCAGCGUCGCGCUAUGAAGCAGAGUUUGUCAGGUCCAGCUUGAAUCGCUUGGCAGACUCGACUAGACCUCACUUCAUAGGUAUCCAUCCCCGCGAUCUCACUAGUGAGGAGCUAGAGACCAUCUCUUUCAACUUCAACCAUUUUGUAUGGGGCUAUAAAGUGGACGGUACGCGAACCUUGAUCUCGAUCGUCCAGACUUGUCAGCAUGAGGUGUGGUACGCUACGGACCGUCGGAACGAGACCUACAUACUUUCGCGAAGGCACCUCAAAGAUUCACCGUUAGAGAAAUUUGACGUGGUCCUUUGCGCCGUUCUUGACGCCGAGCUUGUAUUGAAUGAUCUCAUCGAGCCUGCUGCCGAGCCUUCUGUACCAUCGGAAGCGACAGAUAGCACACCGCAGCGCUCUUUCGAUCUGUUCUGCUUCGAUCUUCUGCGUUGGGCCGGACGGGACUAUGCCCAUAAGCCGUUUUGGAUACGGCACAGGCUCCUCGGCGAGCAAUUUCCCAAACACGAUGUGGUGAGCCCUCGAGAACGUGGUGAAGACUACAGGAUACAUGUCUGCGUUCGAAAUUGCGCAGAUCUCCGCCAGUGUUCAGUUUGGACAAAGGUAGCUGCCCGCGAAACAAGCGAACUUGCAAUGGCAUUGCAACCAGAGCUCGUUCCUCAAUGCGACGGCAUCGUUCUUUACCACAGAAACUGCUCCUAUUUCGAGAAAGGCACAAUCGCAUGUUACCGAUGGAAACCCCCACAUGUUCUCACCAUCGAUCUGCUGAUUCGCAAACACGACUCGGAGCAGCAACGUCAUUCUCUUUUUGCCUGGGAAGGCAAGGGUAUCUACAAGCCCGUCACGAUGAAACAGCGAGUGCAAGGGGUACCAGAAUGGGAAGGAUCCGAGCGCAUAGCCGAAUUUGUUGUCAACAAGGACAUGGUCACAUUUGUUCGCUGGAGAGAUGACAAGUAUUGCGCCAAUCACUCGCAACAAGUGCUUCGAACCAUACGCCAGCAACAGCAACCGUUAACCUGGUCUUUGCUCGUGGAAGCGACAAGAUAG